AUGGGAACAGGUGGAGGAUCACCAAAAGAUUUGCAGUUAUCUGGAUCAGAGAAUGCCUUAUUGAAUUUUUUAACUCCAGACGCUAGUGGUUUAAGAGAUAUUUCAGAAGGUGGAUUUACAGAUAUGACUCCAAGUUAUGAUAAAACUUCGAAUUCAUUUGCUUUAUCAUCUAAUAUUGAAGAAAAAGAAGAUGAAGUAUUUUCACUUGAUACUUGGAAUGAUACAAUAAUGGCAUCACAUGAAAUGUAUUCUUCUGAACAAAAUACGCAGAAUAUGCAAUCAUGUAUGUCAUUAAAUAGUAACAUACAUCCAAUUGAAAAUAAUAAAAAUGAGAAAAAGCGCUCUAUUCAACAAAAUACAAAAGUAAAUAAAUGUGAAACAAGUGUUUCAUCAUUACACAAUAUGAGGAGUAUAUACCAAAUUAAAAAUAAGGAAAAUUGGGAACAGGGCAAAACAACAUGUGCGUUAUCUUUAGAUGAUACAGAGAAUUAUAUUGCAAAUCAUUCAAAAGAUGUCAAAAAGCCACGGCUUAUGGAAACAGCCGUUAAUUUAUUAGGAGAGAGAAAUCAGCAACAUCCGAGAAUACUAAACUAA